GCUACAGGAGCUAUUCUAAAGAAGCCGUCCAAACCCGACUAUUCUAUCCCAAAGGCCUAUAGAGUAAUUACUCUUCUAAGCUAUCUAGGCAAAGUAAUAGAACGGAUAAUAGCUAAAAGACUCAGCUACCUAGCCGAGACUACAAGCCUUCUACACAACUCA